AUGCCCACCGCCAAGUUGUUUCUCUCUCUUCUCAGUUUCUCUUUCCUCACCCUCUCCGUCACCGCCCGCCCCUACGUUCUCGUCCUCUCCCAAGAAGACUUCAAAGACGAACUCCCUUCCGAUCCUGAUUCCUCCCCCGAGUGGGACGAGUUCGGUGACUCCGACUCUCACAAGUCCGAAGAGGAUCUCGACCCUGGAUCAUGGCGCCAAAUCUUUGAGCCAUCCUCCACCGAACCCCAACCUCAACCCCAAUCCGAUACGGAGGCGCUCUACUACUCCGCCGUGACCAAGCUUAUGACCGGGGAUGCGAGGUCGAUUGAAGAGGGCUCCGGUGAGAUUGAGACGGCUGCGGAAUCUGGAUACCCGGCGGCACAAUCGGUGUUAGGGUUUUUGUGGGGAAUGGGGCUUUUGAGAGAGAGGAGCAAACAGAAAGCAUUUGUUUAUCAUCAUUUUGCUUCAGAGGGUGGAAAUAUGCAAUCCAAAAUGGCUCUUGCUUAUACCUAUACUCGUCAAGAUAUGUUUGAUAAAUCGGUUAAGCUUUAUGCUGAAUUAGCAGAAGUGGCUGUUAAUGGUUUUUUGAUUUCGAAAGAUUCUCCUGUGAUUGAACCUAUUAGGCUACACAAUGGAGCUGAAGAGAACAAAGAGGCACUCAGAAAAUCUAAAGGGGAAGAGGAUGAGGACUUUCAGAUUCUCGAGUAUCAGGCACAGAAAGGAAAUGCGGCUGCUAUGUACAAAGUGGGCCUGUUUUACUACUUUGGGCUACGCGGAUUGAGGCGCGACCAUUCUAAGGCACUUUCGUGGUUCUUGAAGGCAGUGGAGAAGGGAGAGCCUCGCUCCAUGGAACUUCUGGGAGAGAUAUAUGCGAGGGGAGCAGGUGUUGAGAGAAACUAUACAAAAGCCUUUGAAUGGCUUACUCUUGCAUCUAAGCAUCACCUCUACUCUGCUUAUAAUGGGAUUGGGUAUUUGUAUGUCAAAGGCUAUGGAGUCGACAGCAAAAAUUACACUAAAGCAAAAGAGUAUUUUGAAAAGGCUGCUGAUAAUGACGAGGUCGGUGGCCAUUAUAAUCUAGGUGUCAUGUAUCUCAAGGGGAUCGGAGUGAAAAGAGAUGUGAAGCUGGCCUGUAAAUAUUUUAUAGUGGCUGCCAACAAUGGUCAACCGAAGGCUUUCUACCAGCUUGCAAAGAUUUUUCAUCUUGGUGUUGGCUUCAAGAAGAACGUUCCAUUGGCUACUGCCUUAUACAAAUUAGUUGCAGAACGAGGUCCAUGGAGCUCUUUGUCCAGAUGGGCACUGGAAGCAUACUUAAAAGGUGAUGUUGGCAAGGCAUAUAUGUUGUAUUCAAGAAUGGCUGAGAUGGGCUAUGAGGUGGCACAAAGUAAUGCUGCUUGGAUUCUUGAUAAAUAUGGAGAACGAAGCAUGUGCAUGGGUGAAUCUGGACUUUGCACUGACGCAGAAAGGCAUCAGCGGGCACAUUCUUUGUGGUGGCAAGCUUCUGAGCAGGGCAACGAACAUGCUGCUUUACUAAUUGGAGACGCAUAUUACUAUGGCCGGGGAACUGUCAGGGAUUAUGACCGAGCUGCUGAGGCUUACAUGCAUGCCAAAUCGCAAUCUAAUGCACAGGCCAUGUUCAAUCUUGGGUACAUGCAUGAGCAUGGCCAAGGACUUCCCCUUGACCUUCAUCUAGCCAAGCGUUACUAUGAUGAAGCUUUAGAGCAGGAUCCUACAGCUAAGUUGCCAGUUACACUGGCACUUACAAGCCUGUGGGUUCGGAUGAACCAUGCUGACAGUAUAUUGGUCCAUAUAAUUGAUUCUUUGCCAGAUGUCUAUCCAAAAUUAGAAGCUUGGGUGGAGGAUGUGCUUUUGGAGGAGGGAAAUGCCACAAUUCUAACCCUCUUUGCAUGUCUCCUAACUGUGUUGUAUCUGCGCGAGAGGCAAAGACGGCAAGCUGCAGUUGUAGUUGGCGAGGUUGCUCAGCCAAAUCUCCCUAACGAGCUUGGAAUGCCAGCACCCAUGAGAUAG